UGUUUCUGGGCCUGGGUCGGACCUCGGGAGUUCAUGGCUGCUUCCCAUCGGCCUGUGGACCCAGCCGAGGGGGGUUCGGACCCCCCCCGUGUGCUAGAGAUCGCAGUGUGGGCUUAAUAUAUACCUUGCUGGAGUCUGUGGGGUUUUUUUGAAAGAAACCUUUCGAAAGCCCUGUGCCUCUGGAUUGUGACAACUGUAAAUAUUUGUUUGGAGGGAGCUUUGACAUGUUUGUGCUCCGACUGCAAACAAGCGAACUCCACGUGUGAAACGGAUGGCGCGUGCAUGGUCUCAGUCUUCAACCUGGAUGGUGUUAAACAUCACGUUCGGACCUGCAUUCCUGAAGCAAAAUUGAUUCCUGCUGGGAAACCCUUCUAUUGUCUGAGUUCAGAAGAUCUGCGUAAUACUCACUGCUGCUACUCUGAUUUUUGCAACAAAAUUGAUUUGAUGGUUCCCAGUGGACACCUGAAAGAUAACGAACCCCCAUCGAGCUGGGGUCCUGUAGAGCUGGUGGCGGUGAUUGCUGGACCUGUCUUCCUUGUGUUUGUUGUCAUGAUCAUAGUAGUCUUUGUUUUUCAUCACCACCAACGAGUCUAUCACAAUCGUCAGCGGCUGGACAUGGAAGACCCCUCUUGUGAAAUGUGUCUGUCGAAGGAUAAGACCUUGCAAGAUCUGGUCUACGAUCUCUCCACCUCUGGCUCUGGUUCAGGUUUGCCGCUUUUUGUCCAACGGACUGUGGCUCGGACGAUUGUCCUGCAGGAGAUCAUUGGGAAAGGCCGCUUCGGGGAAGUGUGGCGUGGCAGGUGGCGUGGAGGUGACGUAGCUGUAAAAAUCUUCUCUUCCCGUGAGGAGCGGUCCUGGUUUAGGGAAGCGGAAAUAUAUCAGACCGUUAUGCUGCGACAUGAGAACAUCCUGGGAUUUAUUGCUGCGGAUAACAAAGAUAACGGAACGUGGACUCAGCUGUGGCUCGUCUCCGAUUACCACGAGCAUGGAUCUCUCUUUGACUACCUUAAUCGAUACACGGUGACUAUUGAGGGGAUGAUCAAGCUCGCCCUGUCUGCUGCUAGUGGGCUGGCCCAUCUACACAUGGAGAUUGUGGGUACUCAGGGAAAGCCUGGGAUUGCUCACAGGGACUUGAAAUCCAAGAACAUCUUGGUGAAGAAGAACGGCACGUGUGCCAUCGCCGACCUUGGUCUGGCCGUCCGGCAUGAUUCGGUUACGGAUACGAUUGAUAUUGCACCAAAUCAAAGGGUUGGAACCAAACGAUACAUGGCCCCCGAGGUCUUGGAUGAAACCAUUAACAUGAAGCAUUUUGAUUCAUUUAAAUGUGCCGAUAUCUAUGCCCUGGGCUUGGUCUACUGGGAGAUUGCUCGAAGGUGCAACGCGGGAGGUAUCCACGAAGAAUAUCAGCUUCCGUACUACGACCUUGUACCCUCUGAUCCUUCUAUUGAGGAGAUGCGGAAGGUCGUAUGUGAUCAGAAAUUACGGCCUAAUAUCCCGAACUGGUGGCAAAGCUACGAGGCGCUGCGGGUGAUGGGUAAGAUGAUGCGGGAAUGCUGGUACGCCAACGGAGCGGCUCGACUUACUGCCCUCCGCAUUAAGAAAACCCUCUCGCAGCUCAGUGUCCAGGAAGAUGUGAAAAUCUAGGCGCUGAGCCCCAGCAGGAGGAAACUGCACAGAAGCUGCCAUGCUAGAGUAGACGUGUGACGGAGGCCUACCUCGUGUUUCUGCCCAAUCUACUGCUACCAACCAGACAGCGUUGACCUAUGGGCUGCUCGGCGGGGUGACGGAGCCUAUUGAAUUGCUCUCCGCCCUGCUUGGGUAUGAAACAAUCCGAAACCUUUUAUGAUCACCUCCUGACAGUGUGAAGACUUGAGAGGGACUUAACCUGAGGGAUCUCAGCCAUGAUCGUAACUCUUGUUUCUUUAACGGAAAUCCCUGUAAAGUUCAGCACGCGCGGUGCGCCCCUUGGCAGUGGUUGAGGCCGGGGGUGCUGGGAGUGGGAAGGGAAAAGGAAGGUUUUCUUGCCGUACUCUGAGGAUUUUUCCAGGGACUGGCACGUUCACGCAGAAAAAGCAUUUGCAAAACAAAUGGUGCUCCCUUCUGAGAGGCUGAGCCUGAACAGUUUAUCAGCUUCACGAAACCAUUUCCCUCCUUUUUCUUAAGCUUGAAAGAUUCGAAGUCAAAACCCAGAACUCUGACUGGCUGUCAGUGUGCGCAGUGGUGUUUGCAUGCGCGAGGUGCGCGUGUCCCCCGUGCCUGUUCAUCUCCUUCCGUAGACGUGCAGUGUCUGCCCGUAGGGUGGCUCAUCUCUGUUCGUGCUUUCUGUGCAUGUGCAAAUCUAGAGUGUCCUUUUUUUGAGCUGUGCGCGCUGGUGCUCUCCUUGUCGAGUCGUGAGCAUUGUCUGGCUUGGACGGGCUGCUUAAAACCAGAUCCUUAGCUCUCCGAUGGGUGCCGUGGCCUCGCCGUCCCUACGCCGGCUGCAGGAACUUCCCAUCAGGUUGCCUCACUGCCACCCCCUCCCUUUUUUUUUUUUUUUUUUUUGUUUUUGUUAAAGACAAAACAAAUGAGGAACUGACUUCACUCCUGGAAUCCAGUUGUUUUGGGGUUGGUUUUUUUUUGUCUUGACCCCCUGGGGUUUGUAAUUCUUUGUAGGGUGGAAAGGGAGACCAGGGGCCGGGGAGCUGCCCCGGAGCCGAGCUGUGUGUCGGAGGUAGAGCAGGAGCUGCCCGGCUGGAAGGAGAUGGGGCGGUGGGGAACUGCAGGAGACCCUCCUGGUCGGAACGCGAUUCUGGGGUCACCAUCCAGGCACGCUCGUGGCCGCUCAGGGCAGAGCCGGGGUGUUCUCCCACCUCCCAAGGGGCACCCGGCAGCGGGGUGUGGGUUUGGAAGUCCCAUCUUUUUUUAAUAUACAUAUAUAAAUAUCUCAUAAUCUGGAAGUGGCUGUGUAUAACUUGUGGGGGUGGGGGGAACUGCAUGAAUUUUCUUUCGAUGAAAUGCCGAAUCACGGUUUGAAGUCGUCGGGUUGGUUUGACUGUUGUCUGCAGCUGGGCCCAGCAAAAACGGGAGUAGCUGAGGCCGGAGUCUGUCGUGCUGAUGGCAGCAUUAAAGGCGAUCUGGGAAGUGCCGGUUGUUUGGUGGUUAGGUCAGUAUCUACGGUGUAUAACUCUGAAGCCAUAAAUUUUAACUGGAGUAGUUUUGAUUUUAUUUUUUUUUAAUUAUUAUUAUUAUUUUAUGGGAGGGUCUGGAUUUUAACUUUUUUUAAUAUUGUUAAUUCUUUAUAAGAGAAGAAAAACAAUCUAUGAUUAUUACCUCUUGACCUGUUUGUUUGUAAAGAAAUCGCUGCAAAAAAAAAAAAAAAUAAUGAACAACCAACGAAUGCACACAGCUCGAUUUACACUGGAACUGUUUCUACUCAAACCUUGCGCCUGCUCUGUAAGGUGAGGUUUCAUCUCUGCUCCGGGCGCCGGGGUUAACUUUUGGGUUUGUUUCUUUUUUUUUUUUUUUUCUUUUUUUGAAACACUCUGUUCUUGCUGUCUGUGUAUCCGUCCGUGUGUCUGUCUUCCCCGAGACUCCCUACGAGACUCCCUACCUGUCUGUGACGUUGUGUAAAGUGAGGAGUUGUGUCUUUGCCUCGUGUUUGGAGCCAUUUUGCCUCCUCCCGUGGAGUUUGGGGUGGGACGGUGCGGCGCCGAGGUGGGAGCAGUGUACGCCUCAUCAGCGUCCGGCUUUCCCUUCCCUUCCCCCUUUGUCCAGCCUCGGAUCUCAGCCCCAGGUUCCCAUGUGUCCGCAGAACCGUACGUCCCUUAACCGAACCCUUCUGUGUUUAGAAACCGAGGUGGUGGGCGCUUCACCCUACAGACUCUUCAGCUGCUCUGACAGGACCCUGUCGGGUUGGGGACAAAUUCUUAACGACUGUGACAUAAACUGCCAUAGGAAAGCCCAUCACGCCGGUAGGUACGUCUGCCGCGCGCUCCCCCCGCCCCGCCGGCGCUGCGGGCUCCGGUUUCCCAGUACGAGUCUCCUGUCCCCGUUAACGGCGUGGGGUCUCCACGAGGACGCUGUCAGCUACGUGACUUGCACUGACUCGCUCCCCCUGCCCCUCCAACUGUAGCCACACACGCAUCUGCCUCAGCGCUAAACCAAACGGCCGAGCGGAGCGGUUUCGGGCCGGAGAAGGUCCGAAGGGGUGAGGGCAGGACGACAGGGAAUCCCCUAUAAGAGAGAAGCCUCAUUGAGUAGAGAGACGCCAUCGCCAGGCAGUCAAAACCGAGGAGGAUCCGUGGUAGGAACGCUGACUAUGUAGCAUUUACACAGCACUUUUCAUGCAACCCCGUGCCGGGGAGGUGCAGUGCGUCCGUAGCUGACCAGUAGCAAACGUAGGAAUGUGCCCGGCUCCGAGGUGGUGGCAGCAGCCGGGGAAAAAUGCCCCGUUAUGGGCAGUUGAGGAGAAGAGGCCACCGUCGCAGCUGGGGACGAGGAGGGGGGGGAUGUGGGGUGCUGGGGGGCGAAUGGUGCUGGGGAGAGGCGGAGGGUCGGAGCUCGUGCUUCUCGUCUGUGGCGCAGGGUGAACCCGUGGUACGCUGGCUUCAGAACAGAUCUCUUGGUACUUAUCUGCCCCUUUUAUUUGUUUGGUUUUGUAUAUUUUAUUAGAAACGGACUGUAAAAUAGCCACUUAGACACUUUACCUCUUCAGUAUGCAAAUGUAAAUACAAUGUAAUAUAGGAAAUCUUUUGUUUAAUAUAAAACGAGGCUGUCGAUUUCUGCUGUACAUUAUUAAAAGUUUGUUUUAUUCA